CUUUAGUUCAAGUUUGAAAGUUGCAGCGUUUAGUGGUGCCUUUCGGUACACUUGAAAAGCAAAAGUUUUGUGUGCUGGAGAAAGCUUUUUUAUUUGUAGAACGAAAUCUCCGAUUGUUCUUUGAAGCUUUUGAUUGAUUGGCGCCGCCGCCGCCUACUUGCUCCGCUGGAUUGAUUGUGUUUUUUGUUUGCUUGUUGUGAUUGUGUAGCUGAUCCGGUAACCGGUUCGGUCACUGUGGAGCGAUUGCCAUAAGAAUUCAACGUUUCAAAACGAGACGUCCGGCCCGAAAAAAAAAUGGGAGAAGACUAGAAGAAGAAAGUGUAGAGUGUGUAAUUAAUUUCCUCCCCCCAUGCUGCUCGCGGUAGUUCAUUAAACUUUUAUUCUGUUCCCUCGCCGUGCAUCUGUUCUAUUGUUUCUCCCAUCGUUGAGCGAUUGAUAGAGUAGAGCAAUCUUUGCAGGCGAUGUUUGGAAAUUUGAACCUGAACCCCGUUUCUACUGAUGGUGAUUUUUGGGAAGGAAACUAGACGAAAACGUUCGGAAAUAUAUAAGAACCGGUUGAGAAAGGCCGCUUGUAAGCCGCACGCUUCCUCUGAUAACCAAUCUGUUAGAGCGAAUUACGAGUAGUGGAUUGUGAGUGGUGCGUGAAGUUUUUUUUUGUGUGGCCGAAAUUGGAACACGCGAGCCCCAAGCAGAUUGUGCGGCUGGCGGAAGCAACAAGUGUUCCGUGCGUGAGUGCGAUUCAUCUGAACACUGAAAGAGUGCAUCGAGAGAACACGCUCGCGUCUCACCCGGUUGGAUUUUUCGCGUAUCAACAAGUGGUUGCCUAGUACACACCGUUUGCUUUGAUUGUAUGAAUAUUUCGAAACACUUGACGACGAGUGAUAAGUUGAUGCUGUUUCAGCAAUCCAAAGAAAAAGGACAGCCGAGAAACCUGUUUAUGGGGACCGAACUGGUCGCCGAAAAGUAUUGCAGAUUUAUCAGAUAAUAACGACUUAUCCAUGUGCACGGCACGGUUGAGAAAGCAAACCAUAUAGUAACCGCCUCGAGGGUGAUUUAAUAUCAAAAAAUAUAGUGAAAAUAAAACGGAAAGAAAAUAAUUAGAGCUAAUUAGUAGUGGUUUAGUUUCGUUUUCCACACUUUGGUUUGAAAGUAAGUUUGGGAUUUCUUGCUGCACCGAAACAGAAAUCGAUUCGGUACCAAAAUCCGAGUGUGGUGUACGGAUAGUACCGAGAGAAAAGUGCUUGUAAAAGAAAGAGUGGAAAAUUAUCCAAUUUCGGCUCGAGCGGUAAAUCAAAUUGCCGUCGUGAAUCGCAGUGAACGGUGGAGGAACAACCGAUUAGAAGCUAAAUCGCUAGUGCAACAGUAAGUGGUGUGGAUUUUCCGACCAACCUAGUUUCGUUCGUAUUCCGUGUGUGCGACCAGUGACGAGCCCCUCGGUGGCCGCCCGAAAAAGCCUGCAAGCUGGAUUACUUAAAUAUGGAUUUCGACGACGGGGACCUGAAGGAGCUCUGGGACACAGAUCUCGAUGCGACCAUGCAAGACACACUGAAAAUGUCCAGCUACGCGGACAUGCAGGACUGGAUGGACCGUGACUCGAAGCUUCCGCCCGUGAUCCUUAACGACAAGCUGAUGACGGACGCCAUCAUCGGAACCGGGAUGCCAAUCAAAACCGAACACUCGUACAGCCUCAACUCGGACGGGGACUCAAUAUCGGACACGCUGCCCGAUUCCCCCCACAGCUCACAGAACAAAAUGGAUGACAUGGAAGAAGAAUGCUACCCUGCUAUCAGUAUGAACACAGCUGCAAAUGGACACAAUAAGCAGCAAAUAAUUCACAGGCAUCAGCCAUACAUUCCCGUUCCGAUAUCUACGGCCGGUACGACCGUACUUACCGCCUUCGGUGGCCACAAUAUCCCUGCCUUCAAGAGCGUCGGCGGUGGUGGUGGUGGAGGAGGCGGUAGCGGUAGCAUUGGAAACUUCAGCCUGCUUAGCGCACUGCAGCAGCAGGCCAACAUCAGUAACCAAUCGCAGCAGGCUCAGCUGGUUCUCGGACAAGCGAUUAGCCUAAACAACAAUCACCUUACCUUGAAUAACAACCUCGUCAAAACGGCCGGCAACAGCUUUGGCAGUUUAUUGCUGCCACCAGCGUACAGCAGCAAACGAAGUUGUUCCAAUGAUUCGUCGUCUUCCAGUUCCGGUAGCGAUGUCGAGAUCGAUGAGCUGACGGUGAAGGAAGAACCAAUGUCUCCCAGCUCUAGUUGUCCUCCUUCGCCGGCAUGUGCCGGGGCAGGCGGGACUGUUCUCAACAGCUACGCCAUCUCAACGGUGAAUCUGGCGAACAUGGCUGCCUACACACAAUCCGAUCUUGUGUUGGAACAUAAGAAUGGUACCCUCCAGCUUACCCCUGCGUCGCAGAGCCUGCUCAAGAACCAGCAGAUAGUUAUCAACGGUAACACAAUCUGUACCACAAGCAGUAGCAGCAGCAGCAUAGUUCAACCCGCCUCCGCACCGAAGAUUGUGAUGUCCAAGCUGAACAUCAAAAUGGAACCACAAUCGUCGGCCUCUUUCGGUCUACCUCCGACGCCUCCUUCCUCGCUACCGAGCGAUGAAUCCGAAGGCAACCAAAGUCCGGAGCAUCACACGUCACCCAUGUCCCCACCUGCCGCCGUGAUCUCAGCAGUGUCACCCAGUACUACCAGUUUGGGCAGCAAUUCGAGUAGCAGUAGUAGCAGCAGCAGUAGUAGCAGCAGCUCCAGUGGAAGUACCCCGUCCAGUCGUAGAGCUUCGGUACACACGGUAUCCGCUGCCGCCGUACUCCAGGGUUCACCGAGCAGUGCGCAGCAAGCUGCAGCCGCUCGAGUCGCUGCUAGUCAGAGUGCUACAACUAGGCAACCGAUCCAUACGCCACUCAUCAGUAGUCAACCGAAAGGAUCGACGGGUACUCUCAGCCUUACCGAGGAAGAAAAACGCACGUUACUAGCCGAGGGAUAUCCCAUUCCGACUCGACUCCCGCUGACCAAGGCCGAAGAGAAAUCUCUCAAGAAGAUACGGCGGAAGAUUAAGAAUAAGAUAUCCGCCCAGGAGAGCCGCCGGAAAAAGAAGGAAUACAUGGACCAGCUAGAGCGCCGGGUAGAAAUUCUGGUUUCCGAAAAUCUGGACUACCGAAAGCGGGUCGAAUCUCUCGAAGAUUCCAACCAGAAUCUGAUUACGGAACUGGGUAAGCUGCGUUCACUCAUCAGCCGGCAGCAGAGUGUUAGGAAAAUGUAAGCAUUGUCCGCUGUCCUGAAACUGGGUUUUACGUUGCACCUUUGCUUCGUUGGCGUACGUAAGUACGAGCCCAAUUUUCUUUUCGUUGUAAGAAAAUGCAUCUCUGGAUUUCCUAAACUGUAACAACAUGUACAAAGUAGUUAAUUUUUAGGAUGCGUUUGAAAGUGCAUUGAAUCAUUGUAUUUUGUAAGGUAGACCAAGUGUGAAACGAAACCGAGCCGAGUUCUGUUCUGAGAGCGUUUUUGAUCUUGUUGACUUUUAGAUGAAAUUUUUCGUGCAAUAUUUUCCGCGUCUUCCUCGCCGUAAACGAUGGUGUCGAUAUUUAUUGUUUAGUGAAUUUUCCUCUCCCGUAAUUUUGCCAACCCUCGGCCGUGGGUUUUUUGUGGCAGGUUUUCUUGCAAACACAAGACAAGAGAUAUUAAGAAUGAUUAAAUUAACAAAUUGCAUUCCUUUAACACAAUUAGCUGAAUGGCACACGAUUGUUGCUAAAACUGCUCACGAAAGCAGGUUAUUGAUAGUGUUUCGCAACGAUUCAUAGUUUUACUGUUGGUCAUUCGAACCGACACAGAACCGAUAGGAUGCUUUGAUAUUAAGACUAGUUUUAAGCUUUUGCAUAGGAAAACGAAAACAACCAUUUGUUUCCAACACAACCGAGCAAACGAAAACGAUCGAGUGUGCCUUGAAUUGAACGACAUUCCCUCUCGUUGGUUACACUUCUGGAACCAACCACCCGUGGCGCUCGCAUAAGCUCAAAGCACCAGCAAAUAAAAAGCUUUUAUUUUGUCAUAUCGCUUUUCGCCGCACAAAGACGCCUCUGCCGGCAUCGGAUCGAAGCUAAGAGGUAAAUAAAAAAAACGAAAAAGCACGGUUGCUUAGUGAAGCAAAAAUAAUUUCAUCGUUAGUUUCGUAAGUCAGUUUUGUUCAAAACAAACCCGAAGACAUAAUUAAACAGUUUAUUAGUAUGGUAACAUUUUUCGUUACAAUUAUUGACAAAUCGUUAGUUGUUAAGUUGUUUAUUUUUUUUGUUGAUCAAUUUGUGUACAUACCGCAGUGAAGAACACAAAACUGGACUAUUCGGGUAAACAGCAGUAAGUAGAACAAAAGCGCCAGCAGGAAAUCGGUUGUCCUGUCUGGUUGGUUGGUAUGUAAAUAAGCUGAGUUUAAUGAGUUUUUUCCAAAUUCAUCCAUACUAGCGCACGUCGGUCCUCAAUCAUUUGAGUGGAAAUAAUUGUUUUUCAUGUUGAAAUUUGUCCGCCUAAGCAGAGAUAGCAGCAUUGCAGCAUGUUUUUGUUUUUUCAAAAGAAGAAGUAACAACCAUUCCGGCUUGUUCAAACCGGUAAGAUGUAAACAAAACCAACAAAGACUAGAUUGCAGAACACGAGGGGAGAAAGCGAGUACUUAUGGGAAUCAUGAUUGAAUAUAUUGUUAAACUAUUGCCUAACCGUAACGUUUGAUAGAGAAAGUUUUUUCCUAGGUAAGAGUAUAUUUUGAAUCACAAAAGGUCAACCUGAUAUGAGAAGAAUAUAUUUUAUAUAAAAGUGUACAUUGUAAAACGAAUGAUAGAAUAACCAAACAAAAAUACUUAACGGUAGCGAAAAGGGGGGAGUUGCUAGAUUUACAAAGAUCUAAAUUGACAUGUAGUAGUAGGUAUAUUGUCGGAGGAAGCGAGAAACCGGGAAGCAUUUUUAUACUUUUACUAUUUUAGUGGAAAGAAAAAUAACCGACAAGGCAGAGACCUAGAGGCGCUCUGCGAGACCUAAUCCACGCUAUUUAUAAAUAAUUUAAUCGUUUCUGUCCAGCUAGGAUAUUGCGACAGAAUCAAACCGAAGGUGAUUUAAAAAAUCACCUUAAUCUAUUCGUAAGCAAAGUAAAAAGGAAAAUUUAUUAAUCUAUUUCUGCCAUUUUAAUUAUUAGUUUAACAUUGAGGUCAAAGCGGAGACUAUUAGAUUGAAGAUUUACGAGUAAUAUUUAAGCAGAUAAUACAGCUAUGAUAAGAUAUUAGUUAAGCUAAGUGCUAUUUUGAUGACUGAUGAAAUCAUAUAUUUUCGGGUCUCGCGAUCCACUUGACAUGUAAACUUCCAAUAGUAAUCUAACACACGGCUAAUUAUUGUGCAAUUUAUGCUUUUUUCCUUAUUUAAAUUGUUAUCUAUAUUUUGUUCAUGUUUAUUUUUCCAUUAUUUUAAAAUGAAAGCAAAAAACGAUAAAAUAUGUUACCUACAUCAUUUUGAAGUUAGUUUUAAGUUGCUGAUGUCUUAACUAUUUUUAAGAGCAAAAACACCUACUCUCCAAGCUGUAAGUUCUUUCCAAUAUUCCGCCCACCGUUGGCGGAUAGUUGAUAUUUUUUUGCAGCUUCCAAGCGGAAAGUGGUCUGUUUCUCAACCAAUAAACAACCAGAAUCGCGCUUAUUGCAGGCAUAAAACAACCGAGCAUUUAUCAAAUGACUGUAUAUCUAGCUUACCAGCGUAAAUCCUAAACAUACAUCAAAGUAUCGAACCUAAUACAUUUGUACGGAAAACACACAUACCCGCAUACACCUACACAAACACAAACAAACAAAAGUAAAGAACCAACAUUGAGUCAAUGCUAUGCAAGUUUAGGAAAUUGAUUGCUCCUAGCACAUUGUAAAAGUUACUUAACGAAAUCGAGGAGAAAAUAAAUACACAUCUUAUUACCGAAAUCCGA